GGCGAGCGCUCGGCGGUGGCGGCUGCGGCUCCGGCUCCUCCUCGCUCACGGCCUGGCCCCGGCCCCUCCUUCCGCCGCCAUGUCCGGCCCCGGCAGCGGCGGCGACUUCGGGAACCCGCUGCGGAAGUUCAAGCUCGUCUUCCUGGGCGAGCAGAGCGUUGGGAAGACCUCUCUGAUCACCAGGUUUAUGUAUGACAGUUUCGACAAUACUUACCAGGCAACCAUUGGAAUUGAUUUCCUGUCAAAAACAAUGUAUCUUGAAGAUCGCACGAUCAGGCUGCAGCUGUGGGACACAGCCGGCCAGGAGAGGUUCCGCAGCCUCAUUCCCAGCUACAUCCGUGACUCUGCUGUGGCUGUCGUUGUCUUUGACGUUACAAGUUCGGCUGCAGCUCUGGGACACAGCAGGCCAGGAGCGGUUCCGCAGUCUCAUUCCCAGCUACAUCCGCGACUCCACUAUUGCUGUGGUAGUGUAUGACAUUACAAACUUGAACUCUUUCCAGCAGACCUCCAAGUGGAUCGAUGACGUUCGGACAGAGAGGGGCAGCGAUGUCAUCAUCAUGUUGGUGGGGAACAAAACGGACCUGGCAGACAAGAGGCAAAUCACUACAGAAGAAGGUGAACAGAGAGCCAAAGAGCUGAAUGUGAUGUUUAUUGAGACCAGCGCAAAGACUGGAUACAAUGUCAAACAGCUUUUCCGUCGCGUGGCUGCCGCCUUACCUGGGAUGGACAGCACACCAGAGAAGAGCAAAGAAGACAUGAUUGACAUCAAACUAGAGAAACCUCCUGAGCAGCCAGUAACGGAGAGCGGGUGCUCCUGCUAACAGGCCCGUUCUGUAGCAGCACAUCCCCAACCGGCCAGUCUCACCGAAGAACAUCACUGCUCAUUGGCUAGGCAACCCUACUGUGGGCUGGAAAACCAAUCUACUAAGCGAGCGAACUCCCUGUUUACUGGUGGGGAGCAGCCCCGGCCGCCCCUCUUACUGCAUGGUAUGAGCCUUGAGUGCAGAAUGAGUGUCCUGUCUUUGAUUUUGGUUUAUUUUUUUUAUGUUGGUGCACUUUGGCACUGUGGUGCCCUUUACACUCUCUCUUUCUCUCUCUUCCUCUCCCUCCCUCCUCCACCUUGAGCCUGUCUGCUCAGAUGUAUCUUGUGAAUGCAAUGGAAAAGCCAAGUUAGGGAAAACAAAAACACAAAGCUUGGGGGUGGGUUGUCCACCUCCCUUUACUGCCUUGCAUCUUAACUAGUUCCCCGUCCACUCCAGCCACAUCUGUCCUGCAUCCCCACUUCCUCUGUUUCAAGGCUGCUCCUUUUAAACCAGUCGGUCUGACUUGGCCUUGCCUUUCUGGACAGCCCAGGUUAUCUGGUUCUAGGCUUUCGCUUCCCGCAGGGCGCACGCCGCACUAGCUCCUCGGUUUCUCCUUUCCGUGGAUGAUCUUGGCUAACUCUUGCUCACGACUCCUGAGUUGUGCCCUAUGCCCAGCCCCUCAUGUGACACAGAACACUGGAAACCCCCAGACUGAUAGCUCUGACCUUGCUGCUCCCUUCGUGUAGCAGAGACGUCCCACAGAGCGCCCCUUCAGUCUGAACAUCUUCCCAUCUGGAGGAUGUUGGUGCUUGGUGAGUGUUGGCUGUCAGAUGUGGGGAAGGAAGUGGGUGCAGGGGCUUUGAAGCAUGAGGCCGGUGGGGAGAGAUCCUCAGGGUGGUUUCUAGGCUCCCAUCUGUCAACAGCAAAAGCAGGCAGCUCUGUGGGGUCCAUCGCUGCAGAGCAACACCUGCCCUGGGAGUCAGGGAUGCCUUUCAGGUUCCCUUCCUCCUCUCCGUCCCGUUCAUAGUCACGUAACCUGAGAGUUCCUUCGCGGAGGCUGGGAGAGCCCCAGCAAAUCGAAGGCCAGUGGUAGCUUUUCUGCUCCUGUACCUAGGU